AUGUCCAGCUCCGGCCAUCCCAUCUCUCCCAGUCGGUCUUCACCCGCUCCAUGCUCAGCAAGAGCCGAAAGUGCCACAGGUAGCGUCUCAUUGGCCCAGCAUGCAUCCUCCAGCGCCGUCCCUCUACCAUUUCGAGGAGCCAGUCGAGCAUCCUCACAAUCUGUCACAGCAGCUCAAGCUCAAGCUCAAGCGGAAGAACAGGAAGAGGAGGAGGAGGAGGAUGAAUCGUUGGAUUAUUCCGCAUUGGCCGAAUUGGCUCGCAAAGCGAUCAGAGAGGAGGAGCAACUGUUCCCUUCUAGCCUCAACACGCCCCACGCUUCCCCAUCGCCCAUGGCGCCAACAGGGAGCGAAGAUGCGCCGAUGCAGCAGGAGCGGGAGCAGGAGCAGGACUCCGCCUCCGCUUUCAUACCCAAGAGGGGAGAGAAGGAUUUUGAGCCAACGGGAUUUGGAGGACAGCGUAGAGCGUUGGAGAGGAGCAGGAACAAUAUGUUGUUGGCUAUCAGCGGUAAGAGGAGGAUCGGCAGGUGAGUGUGUGUGUGUGUGUGUGUGUGCGUGGGUGGUGGUGUAGGUGACCGCAUGUAUGCGGUGCAUCGAAGAGAUUGUGCGACUCCUGCUCACCGAAUGAUCGUCCACUGAGCUGAUGACCGCCUCGUUGCACUGUCCCUGCACUGUCACCCUUUUGGCAGCAAAGCGCUCUCGAUAGGCACAUGGGAACCGACGCUGAAUCGAUGCGUCAUGCAAGUCGUGCGCGGCGUGCUCUUCACUUCCAUGGGCAUCACCAGGCGCGUGGGUGUGCUGACCAACGGGCAGGACCAAGAUCUGUGCGAGGCGAGAAUGGCAGAAAUGUGCAGCUCGCUGGACGCAUCUGAUCGAGGUCAGACCUUUGCACGAGAAGCGCCGAAACUGGCGGGUGUGACGAAAGAGGGAGUCUUUUACCCCAGAUUGAGAGCGAGGUACGAGCUGCUUCCCGAAGAGGCCAUCUACCUCGUCGAGAGGGGCGCGCUAGAAUGCAGAGUGAAAGUCAAGCAUCACGCAGCAACCUUUCAAGAGGCAGCAUUGCCUGCAGCGGAGCAGCAGAACUUUGUGCCGAUGAGCGUGCAGCAAGCUUUUGCUACCAUGAUGCCAGGUGCAGGUGGCAGAGAUCGCUAUCAAGUGAGCACUGAACACGCGCUAGAGGAAAGAAAAUGUACAGCUGACCCGGUCCCUGCUUUGCUGACUACCCGACUCAAAGGUGUAUGCCUAUCUCAAGAGACUGGGUUACCAUGUGCAACGAGCAGAUAUUUCGGACGCUCUGAGGAGCCAGGCUUUAUCAGCAAGAUCAGUUCAAGCCUCUAGCAGCGACUCGCCGCUCGCUGCGCGUUCAAGCCCUUCGACCAGCUCAGAUCCGCACGCGAUUCCACUCGUCAGCCUGCUUGACAUUGCGCUCUAUCCACUACGACGAGGAUUGCAGCUUAUGGAGGAUGGGACCAGCAUUGUAUACUCGGCGAUCGCAGGGAUGUGUGGGGCUGUUUGGCAAAGGUUGGGCUGGAGCGCCAGCGCGCGGGAGACUGCUUCGUUGAUGCGGGGAACGGGCCUUUUGGGCAUCGGCGGGCGAGUGUGGAGAUCGUUUGGUGAGCUGAGCUGUCGUGCAACUUGCUCUGAUUUUGCCUCUCUCGUCUCGCGGAGCUGAACAAUCGCUGAAUUCGUUCUGCGACCGUGAUGCAUCCAAACAGACGACGUCUUUGCAGCUCUUCGCAUCGUGCCAUCCGGUCCCGACAGACUUUUGCCUUGCCGGCGCAAGUCGGUCACUUGUGCGCUCCACGAUCCUGAUAGACCAUCUUCACGCGACACGCUCGAGGAUGCAGUCGGCGAAACCAUGAUGCCGAUCGUCUACUAUGCCUGGAGACCAGCAACGCAGUUCAAGAGGUCCGAUCCCCCCUUGCCAGAAUACAGGAUAUCCAUAGUGAACGCUCGAGCGACGGGCGUGCCUAGCGUGUGGGACUUUGACGAGACCUUUUCCAGCUUUACAUCCAACAAGGCUGCUCCGGGCAAAGGGGCAGGCAGCGCCAGUGUCGUCGGAACGGCACCCGUCGAGGAUGAGCGGGAGGUCACGCGGGCUCAGAGGGAGAAGAAGAGGAACGAUGAGAGCUACGGCAAAGGCAUGGUCAAGCGUUUGCAGAGGGAGAAGAAAGAAGCUGAAAGAACAUCCCUGUCGAAUUCGCGCUUCUUGGAGCAGGAGAGCAGCAAAGAUGAACGGGAGCGUCGUUUGCUCGCGCAAUUCUGCUCUGCGCUGAGAAGCAUCGUGGAUCUUUGGUCGCACGCCCCACCGGGCUGUUCGCGCGCACCUUUGCCCGCGAACAAGCAGCACAAACGCGAUACGAACCUCGCCACUCGCCCGCCAAAUCCUUUUCCGCCAUUAAAGAGCGGAAGGCGAAACUUCAUUCUGGCCGUAUGCGAUCAUGGCACGACGCAAAUGUUUAGGUUUGGAGAGAGCGAUUUUGCCGCGUGGAAGUUGGCCGGUCGAGGCGGCGCGGGAAGGGGAUGA